GACGCUCCUCCGGACGUCCAAUCAGCGUCGACUAUUGAUGUGACGUCUCUUCCAGGCAAUUGCUUAAGUUAAGUAACUUAAGUUACCACCAUUCGGAAGAGGAGAAAGCGUUCAGGCUGGAGGGUCCACUGAUGUCAUCAAGCAUGUUGGCGUUGUGUGCCCUGGCGUUGUGGCCGCUUCUGACCUCGGCGCAGACAUACCGCUGGGGGCCCUGCCCCACUCCCAAGGUGCAGCCCAGCUUCAACCUCCAGCAGUAUUUGGGCAGGUGGUACGAGAUCGCCAAGCUGCCCGCCAGCUUCGAGAGGGGCAAGUGCAUCGAGGCCAACUAUGCCAUACGACCAGACGGAACCAUCCGAGUGCUCAACUCGCAGUUCUAUAAAGACAAGGUGCGCACAGCGGAGGGGACAGCGGUGGUGCCCGACUUGAGAGAAGCGGCCCAGAUUGGAGUCAGCUUCUCCUACUUCACCCCCUACAGUCCGUACUGGAUCCUGAGCACAGACUACAACAGCGUGGCCGUGGUCUACUCGUGCACCGACAUCCUGCGCCUAUUCCACGUGGAGUACGCUUGGAUCCUGGGCCGCUCGCGCUUCUUGCCCUCAGAGACCGUGCGCUACGCUCAGGACUUGCUCUUGACUGAGGGUGUGGACCUCUUUCGCAUGACCGCCACCGAUCAGACGGGUUGCAAGGAUGACUAGCGCCUCGUCGCUACAUGCUAGCUUAAUCAGUGAGCUGAGAAGGGCUUUUCGCCGUGGGAUUACAUUCUUUCCAAAUAUGAAGAAUGCACGUUUGUCGUUGGUCGGCCAUGACACGCUAACUUUAAGCUAUCCGCUAUCUGCUAGUAUAUUUAAAACCCAUUGAGCUGCUGAUUGACAAAAAGGGGGAAAUCAAAUAAUCAUUGAAUCAUAAUGCAAGUUUCUAAUCAUAUUUGUUUUACUUGUGAUUAGAAUAAAGACUGUUAUGAGAAAUAUA